GCUGGCGCAAGCUGGAGCUCGCGGCUGGCGGUCUGGGCGCGCGCUCUGGGAGCUUCUUCCUUCGCGGAGUGGCCGGCCGAGGGGGAGCGAGGCCCAUAGCCCACCCGGGACUGCGGCGCCGAACCGAGCGAAGGGGCCCCCGGUGGCCGCGGAGUCGGGCCGCGAAAGUCCUCUGGGCUGCUCGGCGCCCCUCCAGCCGCGCUCCAUGCUCCGGCCGCGGCCCGGCUCCUCGCCCGGUCGCUGACGGCUCCCGCCGCCCCGGGGAGCCCCCAUGCCCUGCGCGCUCCGGGAGCCGUAGGCUGCAGUUGCGCCGCGGCUCCGGGAGCCGGCGGGAGCGCCGCGGCCGUGGGGGGCGUCAAUGGAUCGCCAUUCCAGCUACAUCUUCGUCUGGCUGCAGCUCGAACUCUGCGCCAUGGCCGUGCUGCUCACCAAAGGUGAAAUCAGAUGCUACUGUGAUGCUGCUCACUGCGUGGCGACCGGCUAUAUGUGUAAAUCCGAGCUGAACGCCUGCUUCUCGAGGCUUCUCGAUCCUCAGAACACAAACUCCCCGCUCACCCAUGGCUGCCUGGACUCUCUCGCAAGCACAGCAGACCUCUGCCAAGCCAAACAGGCCCGAAACCACUCUGGCACCGCCGUGCCCACAUUGGAAUGCUGUCACGAAGACAUGUGCAAUUACCGAGGGCUGCACGAUGUGCUCGCCCCUCCCAAGGGGGAGGCCUCAGGACAAGGAAACCGCUAUCAGCACGACGGCGGCAGGAACCUGAUCACCAAAGUGCAGGAGCUGACUUCCUCCAAAGAGCUGUGGUUCCGGGCAGCCGUGAUCGCCGUGCCCAUCGCCGGCGGCCUCAUUCUGGUGUUGCUGAUCAUGCUGGCUUUGAGGAUGCUCCGGAGUGAGAACAAGAGACUGCAGGAUCAGCGGCAGCAGAUGCUGUCCCGUUUGCACUACAGCUUCCACGGACACCAUUCCAAAAAGGGGCAGGUGGCCAAGUUAGACUUGGAGUGCAUGGUGCCCGUGAGCGGCCACGAGAACUGCUGUCUGACCUGUGACAAGAUGAGACAAGCGGACCUCAGCAACGACAAGAUCCUCUCGCUCGUCCACUGGGGCAUGUACAGCGGGCACGGGAAGCUGGAGUUCGUAUGACGGGGUCUGACCCCAAAACGAAGUUCUUGGACGUUAGAAGGCUUGGGGUUCUGCUGGACAGGAGCACUUUAUCUGCAGAAAAAGGAACUCACCGAAUCACCUUUGAGAGACGGAAUGACCUCUGCAAACAGAAUCUUGGAUAUUUCUUCUGAAGGAUUAUUUGCACAGACUCUUAAAUACAGUCAAAUAUAUUAUUUGCUUUAAAAUUAUAAAAAGCAAAGAGAAGACUUCGUACACACUGUUACCAGGGUUUUGCAUCUGAGCGAGCUGGAAUUGAGUACCUAAAUAAACUAAAAUGUGCUCUGUGUAAGCUCCAA